GUUCAUCAUUCCCUCCUAACAAGUAGCAACCAAAGAAAUGGCUUUGGCAAGAGUAUUUGCCCGACGGGCCGCAUCAUGUAUAGCACUGGCACCACGAUGCGUGAGGAGUAUUCAACACGAAAGCAAAACAAACAUUCAACCAUCUGGCGAGAAUGGCGACGACGCUCCGAGCACGUCAUCUGAGCCAACUGUGGGCUGGUUGCGCGGUCCGAAGGCAAACAAGCCUAACAAGUCCAUAGAAGACGAAUGGGAGGAGCUACGUGAUCCGCAGACCGGCGCUGUUUCUUGGCGGAGCCUUCUAACCGGCGAGAAGACGGUUCCUGGCGCGCCUAAGCCAGACACGUGGAUCGAGGUCGUGGACAAGAGGACGGGGCUGAUAUACUACUGGUGCAAGCGGACAGGCGAGACGACAAUUCUUGGGGAACCCAAGCCAGGGCCGUACGGCAGGAAAAUGCAAGUAGACCCGGACGAGCUGCAGCUGGAUGAGGGCGGGGGCCGCGGAGGGGCUGCCAAGGAGGGAGGGCCCAGCUUGAUGCGGCUGGUGACGAACCCGCUUGUCAUGGGUGUGGCAGGGAUGGCGGUAUUGGGCAUAGCGUACGAGGUGAUGUUCAAGUAAAGUAACGGUGCGAGCGCGGCUUAAAGAGAAGCUUAUUGGUGGGAACGAGGGGCAAGACUGAUAAGCUAACUGACGGCUCACGGCGAUUGGUAUUCGCUCGCGCCAAAACCGUUGUACGGCAUCCAUCAGUCGUUGGUUAAGCUCUUCUGGAGCAGCAGACCUGCAG